CUGAGGAACUGUUCUUGAUGGGGAAAUGUAGAUCUUAUCUACUCUGUGGCAGGAAAAGGUCUUUUCUUUCAUUUUGUAAGAAACAGCACAGAGUUCCUCCUGCAUCUGCUCCAGCUGUGCCUGCAGCCCAGCACGGCCGGGUGAUGCCAUUCCCAAACUGCUCAGCCCCCAACCCUGUGGUGGCCACAGCUGUGGGUGUCCUGCUGGGGCUGGAGUGCUGGCUGGGUCUGCUGGGCAAUGCGGUGGCGCUGUGGACCUUCCUGUUCCGGGUCAGGGUGUGGAAGCCGUAUGCUGUCUACCUGCUCAACCUGGCCCUGGCUGACCUGCUGUUGGCCGUGUGUCUGCCGUUCCUGGCCAUCUUCUACCUGAGCCUCCAGGCUUGGCAUCUGGGCCACGUGGGCUGCUGGGCCCUGCGCUUCCUGCUGGACCUCAGCCGUGGCGUGGGGGUGGCCUUCCUGGCCGCCGUGGCCUUGGACCGGUACCUCCGUGUGGUCCACUGUCGGCUUAAGGUGAACCUGCUGUCUCCUCGGGCGGCCCUGGUGGUCUCGGGUCUCAUCUGGCUCCUGAUGGUGGCCCUUACCUGCCCAGCCUUGCUCAUCUCUGAGGCCACCCAGAACUCCACCAGGUGCCACAGUUUCUACCCCAGGGCAGACGGCUCCUUCAGCGUCAUCUGGCAGGAAGCACUCUCCUGCCUUCAGUUUGUCCUCCCCUUUGGCCUCAUCGUGUUCUGCAAUGCAGGCAUCAUCAGAGCUCUCCAGAAAAGACUCCGGGAGCCUGAGAAACAGCCCAAGCUUCGGCGGGCCCAGGCACUGCUCACCGUGGUGGUGGUGCUGUUUACUCUAUGCUUUCUGCCCUGCUUCCUGACCAGAGUCCUGAUGCACAUCUUCCAAAAUCUGGGGAGCUGCGGGGCCCUGUGUGCAGUGGCUCAUACCUCGGAAGUCACGGGCAGCCUCACCUACCUGCACAGUGUGCUCAACCCCGUGGUGUACUGCUUCUCCAGCCCCACCUUCAGGAGCUCCUAUCGGAGGGUCUUCCACACCCUCCGAGGCAAAGGACAGGCAGCAGAGCCCCCAGGUUUCAACCCCAGAGACUCCUAUUCCUGAAAACAGCCAGCGUCCUCAACGCCCGUGUUUAUGGAACUACCUGCAACCUAAAUAAUAAUCACUUCUACUUUGGGAUUCUGGAAGAAGAGGAAAUCUUGAGACUGCAAUACAAGGAUCAGAGCAUAAACAUGGGCACAGUUGCUGCAGGUGUGGUCUCAUACUUUGUGGACCGGGAUGGUCCUCUGUGAUUUUACCUUGUAGAGUGGCAAAUCAAAAUGAACAAGCCAGAACCUCCUCCUACCCAACUAUGAUGCAGAUUCAGUUGCUGAACUGAAAAGUCGGGCAGCUACUGCAUCUCCACACUUGAAGAAAUGUAAUUUGCUAAAUCAGUGAAGGAAGAGAAGAAAGCCGGGUGCUGGCAUCUUUCCAACUCUACUUGGUCUCAGCAAGUCACUUUCAUUUACCCUGCUUCAGUUUUAAAUGCAAAAAGAAACUAUGUUGUCUUCUCACCUGCUGUGCAGACUGGGGAUGACCGACAUCAGAAAGUGCCCUGGUUCUAAAAAGAGGCUCUGCUGUCUAUAAGGUACUGUCGUCCAUGCUAGGCUUUAUUUGGAGCAUAACAUUUUUGUUUUCACAAAAUUUUGCUUCAUUUUUUUAGAUGAUACGUUAUGUUAAGGAAAAUGUAGUGAGUUCCCUAGUUUACUGUAAGAAACUUUUUCCUGAUACAUUUCUGGAAUUUGCCUCUAGAGGCUGCUUUUUAAGUUUGAAUGCCUAAAAGGCUUUUGAAAUGUACUUUGCUUCCCCUGAUGUGAAAAAGGGGUCACAGAACUUUAUACCUCCUGGGAGAAGUGCACAAUGUAAGAUAUCUCGUGGCAUUGGAAAUGGUCAUUUCCAACCCCACUGGCACAGCUGGUGGACAACGGUACAAGGGACCACCUGCCAGGGCUCCAUGGGCCACAGUGUGAAGGUGGGCAGGCGUCCAACCCCAGCCCCUGGAUGCCGUUACAAUGGCUGCAUCUUUUCAUCUCAUUCCUUGUGAAUUGUAUUCCAAAACUGAGUCUCAUGAUGAUCUUAAAAGAUUUCCAAAGUCACUUUCCUUGUUGCCUUAUCUCUCAUUCUCUGUUCAAACCUAGAAGUUUGCUUAGGACCAAAAAGCCGUCACCACCAUGCCCAGAGGAGGUGGAAGGCCUGCCUUGUCACUGACAUGGGCCUCAUGAGCCUCCCUUCAGCCUCCCUGGAGCUGCACUCCUGUUAUUCGUGUGCAGAAACUCUUCUUUAUCUCCUAACACGAUACAACACUUUUCUACUAAAUAUCAGUUCUAAGGUGUUUUGAUGCCUUCGAUUAUCCCACAGGGGUAGUCCCAAGCUUUCUGUCAAAUGUAAGGUUAAAAAUGAUGGCUUUAGGCAACAGAAAAUGGCAAAUCUCCCAUCUGCAGAGCUGACAGCUUGCCAGGGAGGUUCCUUAUCAGAACCAAAUUUGAAAUGUGGGAGUGGGUUCCGCCUGUUCUAAGAAAAGAUGUAAAAAUCUGCCUAACAAAAGGAGUAUAAUUUGGAAUUCUACCAGCAUUACUUUGCUACUGUCUUAAGUUUUAUUUCCUCCUAAGUCAAUAGAAUUUCAAAGGGCUAAGAAAGGAACAGUGACCAGAUAGUUGUGAGAUGACUGAAUAAAAUUCUUUAA